AUGACUUGGGUCGUCAUAGAAGAAAACACUGUUGGUUUCAUCCAACCUAUUCCCACUAUCAACGAUUCUCAAAUCUCCAUCGCAUUUUUCAUUCUCAAAGUUUUCAUGUUUGGAGUUUAUGAACCACCACAACCACAGAAGUCUCCCCAGGAGAUGACUCAGGAAGAAAUAGCCGAUCAUGGAGCUAAACAAAUGAUUAACUUCAUGCAAUCCUGUCCUGGAAAAACCACCAUGGCGGCUGUAACAGGGUUCGCUUUAGGGGGAUUCUUUGGAUUGUUCAUGGCCUCCAUGUCAUAUGAUUCUAUUGGAACCACCAGUGUUUCCAAGAUAAGUGAAUUGCCUUUAAAACAACAAAUGAAAAUUCAAUUCAGUGAUAUGGGUAAGAGAACAUACUCAUCAGCUAAAAAUUUUGGAUAUAUCGGGAUGGUUUAUUCUGGUGUUGAAUGUACUAUUGAAAGUUUAAGAGCUAAACAUGAUAUUUAUAAUGGUCUUAGUGCAGGUUGUAUAACGGGAGCAGGAUUAUCCAUACAAGCAGGUCCACAAGCAGCCGUCAUUGGAUGUGCAGGUUUUGCUGCAUUUUCUGUAGCUAUUGAUUUAUAUAUGAAUAGUGAAUCAGCUAAACCUCCUAUUAAUGAUUAUGAUGAUUAA